AAUUAAUUUUAACAUUUUUUAAUUGUUAUUUUAUAUAGUUUUAAACGAUCUUUUAACCGUUUUUAAUACACUACCCCAAUUGCAAACACACGACAAUGUCUCAGAGCGCGGAACUAUACGCACCAUCCGCUGGAGUGCAAAAGCACCUGGAGCCAUGGCAAGUACUCAAGUGGACGGAUGGUCAACUGCGAGCCAUGUACACCGAUUGGGGCUCCUAUUUUGUUCAUAGGCAGAACCUACAUGCCGGUAGUCGAUACUUUGAUGCUGCGCUGGAAAUUGACCCAAAUGAUACGAAGGUACUGUUGAGGCGAAGUCAAAUCAAAAGAAAAGUGGCGCGGGCGCCGGAGGCACUGAUUGACUGUUUAAAAGCUAAAGAUACUUUAAAAAGAAAAAGUCGGUUUAAUUUCGAUCCAGAAAUCAAUUUGGAGAUUUGUGAUGCGCUUUAUGAAUCGAAUAAGUUUGAGGAUGCCAAGCGAAAUCUUCACUACAAUCUGAGGCUCUUUUGCUAUUCGCAAGCAAGGCCAUUGCUGAAUCGUUUGAGUGUGGUCAAUGGUAAUAUACAUGAUGCGCUUUCGGACGAAACAGCACCGGCAGUGCAUAUUCUUAUAGACAAAAUGACAACAGGUCUGGCCAAGCAGCCCACAUAUGUGAAGCCAGACUGUGAUGUGCUCAGCAUAUUGGAGAAGGAGGAAGAGUUUCUCUCACCGCUGGAGAAAAAGCGUCGCGAGCGACGCUUCAAGACCUAUAGUCAAGCUUAUCUAAACAAAUCCUGGAUGGAUGUUUCUUUUCUUAAGAGUUUACGUGAAAAUCCAAGCCUCUUAUUAAAAGAAUCCGUCGAGUCAACAAAGUAUUUAAAACGUCUAGCCAAUGAAAAAUACAAAACAGUUCGAACAUUUACAAAAAUGCUGCACGCCCGCUGCCCCAUGUACAGUAAACAUAUUAAGACGUAUCCGAACAACGAACUGUAUCUGAAAAAUCAGGAGGAGAACUUCUUUCGCAUACAAUAUCAAACGAGACGAAAUAUGUUCAAAAUAUUGCGAACUAUUCGAGCUCUGAUCAGCAAACAUGAGCUAAAGAAAUUAACGAAAUUUGUGGAUGAGGUCACGGGCGACUAUGUAACAAUCAAGACGCACCGCAUUAUGCCUUGGAAAUUUGAAUUCAUUAAUGAGGUCUACAACUACUUGGGUUUGGCCCGCAUUAAUGAAUACAAAAUUUCAAGCGCCCUAAAAACAUUAUCGGGACGAACACGUCUACUGAAUUUACUCAAGAUCCCAAUUGAACUGGGUACAGCCGCCAAUGUUAAACUCAAUAAUAUAAUGCAAAUUAAGCGAGAGCAGCUUGUUGAUCCCAAAGCAGAGAUAUUUAAACAACGUAUAGCUCGAUUUGAAAGCCGCAUGCGAUUUGCCAAGUAUCCUAUAGAACGCAGCUACUUGUACCAUGAAGCGGCUCAGGCGAAUCUCGAUAAUCAUUCUUUCGAUACUUGCUGCUUGCUGGCUCGCAAAUCCAUGGAUGAAGCAAUCAAGGGCAAUAGCUACGUAUGGGCCGCUUUGAGCGCACUAAUCGCCUGCAAAGCGCAUACGGUGCUGGGCAAAGUUGAGAGGCAGAAGGAAAUGUUAACUAUAGCCUUUAAAUAUGCCAAACGUCUGAAAAACAUUGAUCUCAUCCUGUUCAUAGACAUUUGUCUGAAGGUAAAUAGCGAGGAAAUGGAGCUCAAGAAGGCGCUAAUUGCCUCCGAGGGCAGCGGUAAGCGCAGAGUGCGCCGCUCUUUAACGAGUCUCGACGCGUCAAUUGAUAAUUCUCCUGUCAGAAAUUCCAAAGCAAUGAUACAUGAAGUAGGUGAGGACCAGUUAGAAGAAUGAUUGAAAAAUGUCGGUGUGUUUUUAUUUUAUUUGCAGCCGCAAUGCAGCUGCCAUUUAGGGAUGUCCGAAAGUUUUAACUUUUCGGAAAAACUUAAAGUGAGGUUUUCCUUUCAGUCAAAGUCAAAGUUUGCUAAAGAAAAAAUACUGCAAAAAAAAAAGAACAUUAAAGCCUGUUGGCCAUUCAAUCACUGCAAGUGCUACAACAACAACAACA